AUGGAACCGAAAAAAGCUUCAAGUUCAAAAGUCAAGUUUUUGGAUACAAAACCUAAAAUAGUCGAGUUUCUCGAAAGCAUUCGUGAUAUUUCUUUGACUAGUACGCCAUCUCUUUAUAUCGACAUAGAGGGUAUUGAUCUGUCGCGUCAUGGCACCAUAUCCAUCCUGCAGGUUUACGUCCACCCAGCCGACAAAACCUAUUUACUAGAUAUACACAGCUUGCAAGAAAAGGCGUCCUCGACGCCGGACUCGCGAGGAACAACUCUGAAGAAAGUCCUAGAAUCGAACGAGUUCAAAAAGGUUUUCUUCGACGUGCGAAACGACUCGGACGCAUUAUUUGCUCACUACGGAAUCCACCUUGCUGGGAUCCAGGAUCUUCAGUUAAUGGAACUCGUCACUCGAUCCUACAGCAAGAAAUUUGUCACAGGUCUUGGCAAAUGCAUCGAAAAGGACGCUCCGAUUACAUCUACUGAAAAGGUAGAUUGGAGCCUUACCAAAGAACGCGGUAGGCGACUCUUUGCGCCAGAGUAUGGCGGCAAGUACGAAGUAUUCAACAAUCGCCCGUUGUCACAGGAUAUCCUGCAGUAUUGCUGUCAGGAUGUUGAAUUCCUGCCUGAGACUUUGGAAGACAUACGAUGA